AUGGCGGGUGUUGUGGGAUGCUGGAACGAGUUUUGUAGGACAGGAGGGUACGGCAAUAUUCAGCAAGCCAUUCUGAAGUCCAAAGAACAGUACGAUGUCAAAGGCUGUGGGAUGAGCCUGGAGGAAGAAGUGUCAGGAGAAAGAUGUAUGAGGAAGAGUAGGAUGAAGAAGAAAUGGACGAGAAAGGGGGAGUACCGUGCUGCGAGAUCCCAACAAAUAUCUGGCAUAUCUGGGCAUCAGGAAAGUACUAAUAACACUGGGGCAAAGCGGCAAGUAUCUUCCAAGUAUCCGCCUCCCCCGACACUUUUACACCUUGACAAUCUCAGCAGGAAUUCCCUCGUCCCAACACAAGCCAUCAAGAUAAAAAAAAACAGGAAGGCAAAACCUGGAUCCAGUGCCCAAUAUAGACCACCAUAUCGCAAGAAGAAAAAGAAACUUAGUACUAGCCUGCAGAAAGUAGUAGUAUGUAGUAAGAAGAAGCUGGAAAAAAAUCACACUCGAUGCUCUCUCGUACACGCCUUCACCCACAAUUUUCCAGAUACUCGGGCAAGAUACACCACUACUACUACUACCACCGCCGCCUUCUAG